CAAGCAAUUCUCAAAGUGGGAAAGAUGAAGCCAAUCAAAGUUUUGGCAAUUUUUUGCAUCGUGUCAUUUAUAUGCGGAGUGCUCCUGGUGACAAUCCCACUUUUCAAGUCGUCAUGCAGUCAAAUACCGUUCCAGCCAGGGUGCACUCAUAAUUUGAGCCUCGUUACCCCCACGUUACCCGCAUGUCCCCUACCCUUCGAAGAGUGGGCCAUAGCUUCCCGCGCCGCCCCGGGAAACUCGCCUCGUCCUGACGGCGUCAUCCCGUCCUGGUUCAACCGGCCUCUCGCUCUUCGAGGUCAACAGGUCACCUCGGAAUACCGCUUUCCUUACUACUUCGUCAUGUUUUUCGGCACCUUCAUCCAACUCAACAUGCCCGACAUCCGGAACCCCCUCAUGUUCAACAGAAAACACACGACCGCCCUGGGCAACGAAAAGAGGGACAUGGCCACCCUUAUGCAAAAUUUGAUCUGGACGAAGGACUACUUUUACGACAUGCCCAUCGAAGGCAACUCGUCCUACAUCGAAUCCAUCGAGAACGUGCACGCCAUCCAUGACGAGGUCCAAAUGCGCGCGAGCGCCAAACAAGAAACGGAAGGGUGCAUCGUAUCGCCUCACCGGUUUGAUAAUCAAACGACGAAUGACGUUUUAUGGGAUGCUUUCGAAAGUGAUAUGAAGAACUCCAAAAUUCCGCAUUCUCAGCGUGCCCCAUCUCCCACCACGUGGCCGACUUGCCCACCUGAAACGGAGUGCGAUUCGUGCAAAAAGUGCAAAGUGUGCGAACCCUUUUACUCCUGCCAAGGAAAAGGCGGGUGCACCUUUAAGAUGAAGUGCACCCAUUGUUCGGGGUGCGAAGCGUCCAGUUGUACUGAGAAUGCCGCCCCGACCUGUAAAUAUGUGCAGGUGGAAACGUACAAGUGCGGGAAAUGUAUUUGCGAUGAUAAAAAGCAGAAUUGUGGGGAAUGUGAGACCUGUACUAAUACCAAGAAAUGUUUGAAUUUUACGCCGCCAUUGUUCAAUCAACAGGCCAUGGUUUUCGUGAUUUACACUGUGAUCGCGUACCCCAUCCUUUUUCCGGAGGGUAUGGCAAUCAAUGCGUGCGAUGCGGAUUUCUGGGCGUACAAUCACUUGUUUGCCGUACUUGCAUACGGCAUAGGGAUCGAUGAUAAGUACAACGUCUUUCUUCAACCGGAUCUGGAAUCAGCGAGGAUUUACUAUCGAAAAAUGCAUGAACAGAUUAUCAUCCCGAGCUUAUUCACUUUCGAUAAGCAGACGAGGCUCAUGAUGGAUAAUGUUUUUAAGGGUCUGUCCACUGUCACGGGUGGAAUCUUGUCCCCCACGCUUUUGGUGCAUAGAUUCGUCCACAACUUUCUGAACCAGCCCGCGCCUCGUCUUCAAGCCUUGAUGAAACCCAGAGAGAUCGCCCUUAACGGUGCGUUAGAUUUUGCAUAUAUUCCGCAAUUUAUGGAAAGCCCGGUGUAUCGAAGUUUGGCAAAUACGGCGUUGAGCGCUUUCAUCUCCGGCGCAUCGACCGCAUUGUUCGGAGGAAAUUGUAAAGAUUAUCAGACAGUUGCACGGAAAUGUUUUGUUUAGUAUGAGUUGGUUUUAGUAAUAUUUUGUUUAGCAUUUGUUUAAUAUUUAUUAUAGAUUACAGGAGAAAAAUAAAAUGCUUACUAACUGUAUAUACAAAAUAUUUAAGUGCAUAUGCAAUUUUGAAAUAUUUCGCAAUAAAGGUGUAAAUUUUAAUCGGAACAAAUUUUCUAACGGAAAGGUGUAAAUAAAUAAA